AUGGGGGGCAAAAAAGGUGAUGCGAAGCCGGCAAAAAAAGGUGGCGGGAAGGAGCCCCCUGCGCCUGCAAAGAGCGAGGCUAAGGGGAAGAAUGACAAAAAAGGAGGGAAAGAUAAAGAAAAGGACAACAAGAAAAAGGGAAGGGAUGCCAAGAAGGGAAAGAAAGCACCUCCCCCAGCCAAGAAGAAGAGGAGCUUAAAGACAACCUCAAAACUGUUUAUGAAAUUUAAGCAACUGAGGCCAAGACCAUCCAAAAAGGGGAAUUUUAAAGCGGCCUCGAAACUCUUCAUGGGCUUCAGGAAAAAGUUUGCUGCUUCAUCAAUGUUGGAUAAGAAAAAGAAGUCAGCAGCCAUGCUGAAAAAUACUUCAAAGCUCAUGAUGGGUUUAAAGAGAACGUCAAAGAAGCAACUGCCAAAACCACCCGAUAGCUCCAAACCGAAGCCUUCGUUUAUGCUUAUCAGAUUGGGGGGCAAUGCUCCAAAAACAGAACCGCAAGACAAAAAAGGCCCGAGUAAGCUGUUUGGAGGCCUUUUUAAUAGGAAGAAGGCUAAGUUAAAGUUCAAACCUAAAGCUAAAGUGCUUACUAAAGUGUCUGCAGCUGCGAGUUGGUUAACCAAAAGAUUUCUGUCCAGGAAAAACAGGCAUUUCCAUGACGAGAAAGCUAUACAGGAUGAUUGGCUGACUAGAAUGGGUGUCCAGAAACUGCCUUUUCCUUCAGAGGAGGAGCUUCAAAGAUACAGGGCCAACAUAAAUCGGUUCCCUGGUGCUCACAGGUUCUAUGGCCAAAAUGAGGAUGUAUAUGGUCAUCCUAAGAACUCUGAAGCCUACCGACACCAGCGAUUUCCAACUCAAAGAUACCUGCAAAGUGGACCAGGGAGGCAUGAUGACCCAUCAGCUGGCUAUUAUGAUUACCAAGAUGAGGAAUACGGGCUUGAUAAUUAUGGAUAUCCUAAUGAGGAAUAUGACUAUCCCUAUGACCAAGAUGGACAGUAUACCCAAUAUUGUGGAACAGAUGAGGAAUAUUAUGACUAUUCUGGGUACCCUAUGGAAGAAGAUUACACUUCAUAUCAGGAGAACAUGGAAUAUUACGACGAGGAGAGUCAUCUCCUUAAAAGUCAGAAUAACUAUUUUGAUUAUGAGGCUGACGUCCAUCACCCACAGACUGCCUAUUCUUCUUAUGGCUAUGAUGAAACUGCAAUAGACUAUUCAGGGGAUCCACUGAAUCCUUAUGACCAAAGUGAAAAUGAAGAUGACUCAUACGAAUACUUCAAUGGACAAGAUCCGUAUUCUGAAAUGGAAGAAGCAGAUGAUUACAAUGCAUUUGGUAUAAUGGGUCGAGGUACCUACAGUACAUCCCCAUAUGCAGAACCUUUAAACCCCUAUGCCCAACCCUUGGAUUACAUAAUAGAACAUGAGGACUCAUGUGCAAUGCCAGAAUACAGUGACCAAUUUGAUGGUCAGGAUAUGGAAGAUGAAAAUUCUGCUAUUUUAUCCCGAAACAGGAAAUAUAAGCUGUUUCCAAGACCUCAGGUAAAACUUUUUGGCCGAGAGAGACUAGAUGUUCCAUUGCCUCCAUCUCCUCAUAUAUCGUUUACAGAUUAUGAUGAAGAAGAGGAAGAAGAAGGAGAAGACGAGCCAUUGUUAGGCCGUCGGCAGCCUGAACAUUCAAGACAGUCUGCUGCAAAAUCCCUUUUUGCAAAGUCAGCCCAAAGAAGCUAUGGUCAGCAGUAUGCAAGAGGUGUUCAAAAGCUGCUUUCAUCAAAACCAAUGGGAAGAAAAUUAAACCCCCCUCAAGACUAUUACCAAGAGUCGGAUUCUCAGGACUACUCCCCUAGAGCAUUUGGUAGUCCAUUAGGACAGUUUAUGAAAAGGACACUUCCUAAGCCAAUCUUAAAGCGCAAUGAUAGUCAAUCACAAAGGCACCCUGUUUCUCCACCACCUAGAAAUCCAUUUGCAGAUACUUCCUUUGCCAGAGCACCUUCUCCACAACCACCUGUAAAACAUGUUAGAAUCCCGAGCCCCAUCGAUAAUUACCACGAUGCUGAACAACCUAUGAUGCGGCAACUAGAAGCCUUGCAAAGAGAUUUAGACAAUGAGAGGUCCUCUCCUUUACCAUACCAUAAACGAUUUGGCCACAAGUUGACUGGAAUGAACACAUCAAAUUUCCCAAGAACAAAUGGGGUUUUAACAUCUAACAACAAUACAGCCUGGACCACUCCAGCCAGGUUCUUCGUUCAGACAGAGAGAUCGUUCACCUUCACCUCCAAUGAACAAAGCUCAUUUUCAAAGGCCUCCUUCUCCAACAAGGACAACACAUUGGGCUUCAAACUCUAUUACUCCAACUCCAUCUCCUGUGCUAACCACUCUCAUCCAAGGUAUCCUCAACCAAGGGAUCAAUAUAUGGGUUAUGGACCUCCAAAACAACCAGCAAUGGGUUAUGGACCUCCAAAACAGUCAGCAAUGGGUUAUGGACCUCCAAAACAGUCCGCAAUGGGUUAUGGACCUCCAAAACAACCAGCAAUGGGUUAUGGACCUCCAAACCAACCACCAAUGGGUUAUGGACCUCCAAAACCACCAGCUGACUUCUACGAAGGCGACUUUGAAGAUCCUGUGGGAAGAUAUGCUGUAGUAAUGCCCCAAGUUCACAGAAUGGAUGCAUUCAGAGGGCGGGGUAGUCCUCGGGGUAGCCUUAGAGGUAGCCUACGGGGGAGCGUACGAAAGCCACCCUUUCCGAGACAACCUUUAGGGAGCUUUCAGGGGAUGCCCGGUAUAAGGGCCCCUAACACAUCUAUUCAUCCACCAUGGACUGAGACACUAAGAAGGGGCUCACGCAGAGCCAAGGAAAAGGUCGCCAGCUACCUUGCACAUGGAAGCAUGAGAUCCCAGAGAGGCAGGCAGCAGAUGGCUGGAAAAGGGCCCGGACUGCAGUUUGAUGACAAGAUGCAGCCCAUGCGGAGCUCGCAGUACCCGGGGCCGAGCCAAGAGCAGGAUGAGAAUGUUGUCCAGGAUAUGACACAGCUGGAGGAUCUACAGGAAUUGUCAGUUCUUAACAACCUCCAUAAGAGGUUUGAUCGAGAUCUGAUCUAUACAUUUAUUGGUAGCAUCCUCAUCUCCUUAAACCCUUACAAGAUGCUGAAUAUUUAUGGGACGGACCAUGUGCUGCACUACGAAGGGAGAGCCCUGGGAGAAAAUCCUCCGCACCUUUUUGCUAUCGCAAAUGUUGCUUACACCAAACUAAUGGAUGCCAAACACAACCAGUGUAUUAUCAUUAGCGGGGAAAGUGGAUCUGGUAAAACGGAGGCCACAAAACUCAUCCUGCGUUACCUGGUAGCGGUUAACCAGAGGCGCGGUGUCACGAACCAGAUUGAGAUUCUAGAGGCCACACCUCUGCUGGAAUCUUUCGGAAAUGCCAAAACAGUCCGAAAUGAUAACUCCAGCCGCUUUGGCAAAUUUGUGGAGAUCUACCUGGAGGAGGGUAUAAUUUGUGGUGCCAUAACAUCCCAAUACCUGCUUGAAAAAUCCAGAAUUGUGUUUCAGGCCAAAAACGAGAGGAAUUACCACAUUUUCUAUGAGAUGCUGGCAGGACUCCCAGGUCAACAAAAGCAACUUUUCUACCUGCAGGAUGCAGAAACGUAUUACUACUUGAAUCAGGGAGGAAACUGUGAGAUACCAUCCAAAAGCGAUGCAGAAGAUUUUCGGAGGCUCCUUUACGCCAUGGAAUCCCUCAGCUUUAAUGGCGAGGAUCAGGACAGCAUCUUCCGAAUCCUGUCCUCCAUCCUGCACUUGGGCAAUGUCUACUUUGAGAAAUACGAGACUGAGUCUCAGGAAGUAGCUUCAAUAGUGAGUGCGAGUGAGAUCCGUGUGGUGUCCGAACUCCUCCAGAUAUCCCCCGAGGGACUGCAGAAAGCCAUCACCUACAAAGUGACGGAAACCAUGAGAGAGAAGAUCUACACUCCGUUGUCGGUGGAUAGCGCUGUCGAUGCCAGAGAUGCUAUUGCCAAGAUUUUAUACUCCCUGCUCUUCAGCUGGCUGACAGACAGAAUUAAUAAGCUGGUAUAUCCCCGACAAGAUGCACUUUCCAUCGCUAUACUGGAUAUCUAUGGCUUCGAGGACCUCAAUUUUAACAGCUUUGAGCAGCUUUGCAUUAACUAUGCUAAUGAAUACCUGCAAUUCUUCUUCAACAAGAUCGUGUUCAGAGAGGAGCAGGAGGAAUACAUCCGAGAGCAGAUUGAUUGGAGAGAGAUCUCCUUCAACGAUAACCAAGUAUGCAUAGAUCUUAUUUCACAGAAGCCCUAUGGAAUCCUGAGAAUACUGGAUGACCAAAGCUGCUUCCCACAGGCCACAGACCACACGUUUCUCCAGAAGUGUCACUAUCACCAUGGAACCAACGAAUUGUACUGCAAACCAAAGAUGCCGCUACCUGAGUUUGGGCUCAAACACUUUGCCGGGAAAGUCACUUAUCAGGUGCACAAAUUUUUGGAUAAAAACUAUGAUCAAGUCAAGCAAGACGUCCUGGAUCUUUUUGUGACUAGUAAAAUCAAGGUAGUGGCCAACCUGUUCUUCACCCAUGCACAGGUGCUAUCGCAGCAAAAAACCAUGAUGGGAAAAAGCAGCACUGUCACCAGAAAGUUUAAGGCGCAGACAGUGGCAGCCAAGUUUCAGCAAUCCCUCCUGGAACUGGUGGAAAAAAUGGAGAGGUGCAACCCUUUCUUUGUUCGCUGCAUCAAACCCAACAGCAAAAAGGAGCCUGGGAUGUUCGAGGCUGAUAUUGUGGUCAGUCAGCUGAAAUACGCCGGGAUCUUAGAGACCAUUCGCAUUCGGAAGGAGGGGUUCCCUGUUCGUAUCCCAUUCCACAUCUUCAUAAGCAGGUAUCGCUGUGUUAUGGACCUGGGACGUAAUAUCCAUGCGGAUGGACAGAUAUGUGUGACCUUGCUGAGGAAAUUGUGUCCUUCUGUAACUCCCAGUUUGUUCUGCAUUGGGGUCAGCAAGCUUUUCAUGAAGGAGAAUCUCUACCAGCAGCUGGAAAGUAAACGGGACCAACUGAUGAACAAGGCAGCAGUGACUCUACAGCGCUACAGCCGCGGGUACCUCACCCGGAAACGUUAUACCACCCUGAGAUACCGGAUCAUUAACCUGCAGGCGCUGGCACGUGGCUUCCUGGCUAGACGUAAGUUUCAGAACUAUCGGAAGAGUCUACAGAAGUUCAGAGCAGUGGUCCGUAUGUACGUGAACCGGAGGAGAUUCCUGAGGAUAAAGGCUGAGGCCCGCAGGCUGGCUGAAGAGGAACGCAGGAAGGCAGAGCAGGAACUGACUAAAAGAGAAGUGUUCAAUGUGACUCAUCUGGAGAUCCCAGCCGAACUGGCCGGACUCCUCCGCACAGCACCAGCCCAGAUAAACCUCUUGGUGCAAUGUGUUGUACCCGCUUACUCGCCCAGGGUCCAGGUGGGCACUCAACUCAAUCUGCCACUCGACAUCAACAAUUACCCCAUGUUCAAAUAUGUGCGGGUUUUCUUCAGGGAGCCUCUGUUUGGCAUGUUGACAAUGAUCCUUGGAUCUUCUCUGCUUCCAGUGGAGGAUGAUUUAAAACCACAGGCUAUUACUGCCUUCAAACUGGUAUUGAAGUUCAUGGGGGACCCGUUCCUCAAUGAGGUCCAGGAAAUUGUGUUUGGAAAUUAUGUCAUCCAGAAGUGCUUGUCUAAUGUGGGGCUGAGAGAUGAGAUAUUGGCCCAAAUAGCCAAUCAGGUGUGGCGGAACACCAACCCCAACAAUGAAGAGCGUGGCUGGUACCUACUGGCUUGUUGUCUCAGCAGCUUUGCACCAUCUCCAAACCUGGACAAAUAUCUCCUCAAGUAUGUAUCAGACUUUGCUUACAAUGGAUAUAAGCCUGUAUGUCAGCAUAAGCUCAUCCUCGCGAUCCAAAAAUCCCAGCAGGGCUCGGAGACAGCAAGGACCUUUCCUCCAUGCUUAUUAGAAUGGACCGCGAGCCGGGAGAGGGCCAACAUGGCUCUGGAGAUCUCCUGCUUUGACGGUACAAAGAUUCUGUGCCCCAUCCAUUCAUGGAAUGAUGGAGAAGAGUUAGCAGGAGAUGUCCUCAGGCACAGGGGGGUGAUGGAGGGAUGGCGAGGCUGGUCGUUGUCUAUUAAAGAUGGCGGUCAAUGGUCGGAGCUGGCUGGUCAUGAUUAUGUCCUAGAUUUGAUUUCAAAUGUGGAGCUGCCCGGAGAAUUCCCCAAGCAAAAGUACUUCAUCACUUCCGAAGGGGUUCGUGAAGGUACAGAGCAGCGCAAUGUAGUAUUUGGGAACGGCUCCAACAUGGAUGAAGAGGUACCACCACCUCCGAUGAUGAAAGCCCCUUCCUUACCAACUCAGGGGAUCCCUGAUUCUGAGGGGUAUUACAGUCAUGAUUCAGAUACACUCAGUGAACCUCCAUCACAGAAAGGCAUGGACCAUUAUCUGGACAGUCUGUUUGACCCUGUCCUGUCUUAUGGCAAUGGGGAUCUGGAGAAGCUGACGGCCAUGUCCCAGAAGAUGAAGGGCGGAGGGGGUGUUGGAGGGAGGGAUGGCGCUGAGGUCCCAGGAAAGUCCAACAUGCCGGAGGAAGGAUCCCACCGUACAGGUAUGGAUCCAAGUAGGUACACUCAACAACAAGCUUAUAUCAACCAGCAAGCCAUGAUACUGGCACAGCAGAUGACCUUGCAGGCCAUGGCCAUUCAACAACAAAUGGUUAACAGCUCUACGACCGAGCCCCCACUUGGCACAGGGCCUCAGCCCAGCGUUAGCACUCCAUCCAGUCGCGGCAGUUCAUACAGAGUGACUCCAACAGUGGCUCCAAUGCCAAGGACUGGGGUACCAGCCCAGAACAAUUCUGUCAAUGGAUCACCUCCCUACAGGACUCGUACCUCCCCCACCAGAGAGGGCUCAUUCAGUCAAAGGCCAGGUCCUUCUACCCGUAUGAGGCCAGAAGAACUCAUUCCUCACUCCACUCUGAAUUCUGAGCAUUUUCCUGAACCCUCACACAACAUCAAGGAUAUCAUUAGUCAGUACAAGCAGCCAGGCGCUGUGCGGCCCGCACCUAUACCUGUAAGGAAGGAGCCUACACGAGCAUUUGGGCGGAAGCUGGACCCCCAUGAAGAAGCUAUGAAAAUCCUAAAAGGGCAGAUGAGCAGCCGACCAAUGACAGGCCCAUCACCGGUUUCCAAUAUGUCCUACGUCCCAAAGCCUCCUAGAGAGUCCGUGGCUAUGGUAAAACCUGUUCCCAGCAUCAAGAAUAAGAAGAUUGCCAGCCAACUGCCCGUCAACCACGUCAGGCCAACCACGGCUCCUCCAGUGUCGGUCUCACGGGAGUUGUCGGAGGAUCAGGAGAACAUCCAGACUCAGCUUCACCGGCAGUACAGCGAGGAGUACUACACCUACAGCAAUGUGUCCUGGAGGAUCUACAUCCGGAAAGAGGUGUUCUAUCCCAGAGACAGUUUCAACAACCCUCUCAUCUUGGAUCUGGUCUUUAAGCAGGUGGUCAAUGACACCCUGUCUGAGAGCUGCAUCAGAAUCACCAAGGAGGAGAGACAAAAAAUGAGAUCCCUGCUGGCUGAAUAUAGGAUAGACUCCAUUAACGCCAUCACUGAUGAGUCUGUGAAAAAGAAGAUUGUGACGGCCGCCCGAGAGGAGUGGGAAGUGUAUUUCUCCAGACUCUUCCCAGCCGCGGGUAGUGUUGGCACCGGUGUACAGAUUCUUGGUGUUUCUCACAUCGGGAUAAAGCUCCUGAAGAUGCUGAAGAGCGGCGGCAAUACACCCGAGCAACUGAGAGUCCUCCGCAGCUACAGUUACACAGAUAUCAUGUUUGUGACGGUGCUGUCUAAGAACAUGCUGGAGUUCAACCUGACCAGUGAGAAGCUGAUUCUCUUCUCCUCGAGGUCCAGCCAGGUGAAAAGUAUGAUAGACAGCUUUCUGAUGGAGCUGAAGAAGGACUCCAAUUAUGUGGUGGCCGUGCAGAAUUACGUGACGGAAGACAAUAGUAUCCUGAGUUUCCAUAAAGGAGACAUCAUCCGCCUGCAGCAUCUAGAGGAGCUACAGAAAGGCCAGAACUAUGGCUGCGUCGUGAGGAAGAAAGUCAUAUAUUUGGAGGAGCUGAAACGUGGCAUUCAAGAUUUUGGUUGGAAGUUCGGCGCCAUCCAUGGUCGGUCAGCGCUGUUCCCGGCAGAGUGCGUGCAGCCGGUCGCGGCUCCGGAUUUUGUGAACCUGCCCGCCGACAGGAAGGGGGAGCAGCAGAACAGGCAGAGCCGAGCGGCGGCAUCGGCGGCGGUGGCCGUAGCUGUUGCGUCGACAGCUGUGGCUCAUGAAUUUGACAAGAAGACAGAUGGUUCACCCACUCCCAGUGAAUAUGCAGAAAGUCUGGAUGAGUACACCGACCCGUCCACCUCCGAGAUUGUGUUACAGGGCAGUCCAUAUAACAUGGCGGAAUUUGCCAAGAAGUACUUCCGGGAGGGUCAGAGGCUAAUGGCUCUGGAGGAGCAGGAGAAGAAGGCUUCAGGAGAUUCCUCCAAACCAGGCUCAAAGAAGAGCAGGGAGUCCAGAGAUCCAGCUGAACUGCUGAAAUUUACCAAGAACCCCAUACAGGAAUCCCUCAUUGAAUUCAGUGACAGCAGCAUGAACAGAAUCGCCUCUGAACUCUUCCUAGCUGUGAUGAGGUUCAUGGGAGACGCUCCUCUGAAGGGUCAGUCUGAGCUGGAUAUGGUCACCACCGUCUUGAAGAUAUGCGGGGAACACGAGGUGCUGAAGGACGAGAGCUACUGUCAGAUCAUAAAGCAGAUCACGGAGAACUCCAGCACUAAGACGGACAGCUGUCAGAGAGGCUGGAGGCUUCUAUACAUCCUUACAGCUUAUCACAGGUGUUCAGAGGUCCUAAAACUGUACCUGUUCAAGUUCCUUCAGGACACGUGCAGAAGCCCCGGGCUGCACUUCCAAGGGAUAGCAAAAGCCUGUGAGCAGAAUCUGCGCAAAACCUUGUUGUAUGGAGGGCGCUGUGAAUUCCCCAGUGCUAUGGAACUCAAAGCCAUGGUGGCCGGGAGAAGCUCCAAGAGACAACUGUUCCUCUUACCUGGAGGAAUUGAGCGACAUCUCAAAAUAAAAACAUGUUCGGUGGCCUUUGAUGUCAUAGAAGAGAUCUGCACUGAGAUGGGGGUGCACAGAGACGAGGCCUACCAUGAAUAUGCCAUCUUUGCUGUUACCAACCGGGGUCAGAAUGUAAGACCUCUGAAUAGGAAGGAAUACAUCCUGGAUGUUUCAGCUGAAAUGGAGCAGACUGAUAGUAACUACAUGUUCUGGUUCAGAAGAAUCAUCUGGGCUCAGCCACUAAAGUUUGAGAAUGAGCUGUAUGUGACCAUGCAUUAUAACCAGGUCUUACCAGAUUACUUGAAAGGAUUGUUUAAUGUCUUCACUCAUGCUAAGCCCACCGAGCAACAAUUCCAGCAGAUUUCAAGACUGGCGGCCUUACAACACCGCGCUAAGGAUAGUGUUUACCUGCCUACCGCGCGUGAAGUCCAAGAUUACAUCCCCAACCAGUUUUACAAGUCGGUGAAACCUCAGUCGUGGUUGAAUAUGGUGAUGCAGCACAUGCAGCAGAUUCAGCCUCUGAGUCCUCACCAGGGAAGGGCUCAGUUCUUAGGUUUGGUCAGUGCCUUCCCCAUGUUCGGCUCUUCUUUCUUCUACAUCCAGAGCUGCAGUAACAACAUGGUCAUCUCCCCGUGUAUCCUGGCGAUCAACCAGAAUGGACUGAAUUUCCUGAACAAAGAAAACCAUGAUGUGGUGGUAACAUUCCCUCUGAAGGACAUCCAGAGCACCAGGACUCAGCGUCCGGCACCGGGGUUCAGUUACCCGUAUGUGGACAUAUUGUUGGGUGACAUGACAUCACAACGGAUAACACAACUACAACUGGAACAGUGCAUCAGCUUUCAGCAUAAAAAAGCAGCAAUGCAUGUAGUUCUUAUGAAGCAAUACUUCUCCGUGCACAUUGUCCUGGGACACACCACAGUCAUUAUAGAGAGUUAG